GCGUCUGUACGUCAUCAUUGUGGGCCAUAUAUCGGUGAAAGGUUGCCUGGUUAUGUAGUUAUAUAGAAAACACUGAUGCUGGCAGAAUGAUGAACGUCAACAGAUUUACCGCUUUGUCGAAAUUUGUUCAACUUGGAAAGCGGCUGGACGUCUGUAACACGACGCAAGCUGUGAAAGAAGUGCUACGUCUUCAGCAGCGGAGGUGCUUUAAAACUCAGUCCAGGAACCUCGCUUAUGCCAAGGAUUUGUUCCUCGGUCAGGUGAAUAAGGCUGAGGUCUUCCCUUAUCCAGAAAUUGGAAAUGAAGAGGUGGAGGAGAUCAAUCAGCUCGUUGCACCGGUGGAAAAAUUCUUCAAUGAGGAGGUUGACUCAGCGAAGAUUGACCAAGAAGCUAAAAUCCCUCCAGAGACCCUGAAUGGGUUGAAAGAGCUUGGGCUGUUUGGAAUCCAGAUUCCUGAGGAGUAUGGGGGUCUGGGAUUGUCCAACACCAUGUAUGCACGACUGGCAGAGAUCAUCUCAUUAGACGGUUCUAUUGCUGUAACACUGGCUGCACAUCAGGCCAUUGGACUGAAGGGGAUUCUGAUAGCAGGGAAUGACGCACAGAAGGAGAAGUAUUUGCCCAAACUGGCCUCAGGAGAACAUGUAGCAGCUUUCUGUCUGACAGAGCCUGGAAGUGGAAGCGAUGCAGCCUCUAUUCAGACCCGAGCAACCCUGUCAGAUGACGGUACACAUUACCUCAUCAACGGCUCUAAGAUUUGGAUUUCAAAUGGAGGGAUGGCAGAUGUUAUGACGGUGUUUGCAAGGACAGAGGUUGUCGUAGAUGGCGUGAAGAAGGAUAAGAUUUCGGCGUUUAUCGUGGAGAGGGCUUUCGGGGGAAUCACUAGCGGCAAGCCUGAGGACAAACUGGGCAUCCGGGGCUCCAAUACUUGUGAAGUGUCCUUUGACAACGUCCCAGUGCCACUGGAGAAUGUAAUCGGAGAAGUAGGUGGUGGGUUUAAGAUCGCCAUGAACAUCCUCAACUCAGGGAGGUUCAGUAUGGGCAGUUCUUCAGCUGGAAUGAUAAAAAAACUGAUAGGAUUGACGGCUGAGUACGCUGCAACCAGGAAGCAGUUUAACAAAAGCCUGAGUGAAUUCGGCAUGAUUCAGGAGAAGUUUGCAGUGAUGGCCCUUAAUGCCUUCGUGAUGGAGAGCAUGGCGUACCUGACGGCAGGAAUGAUGGACAAACCGGGGCUUCCAGACUGUUCUGUAGAGGCCGCCAUGGUCAAGGUGUUCAGCUCAGAAGGAGGCUGGAUUUGUGUCAGUGAAGCUCUUCAGGUCUUCGGAGGUCUGGGUUAUACAAAGAACUACCCUUUCGAGCGCUACGUCAGGGACUGUCGCAUCCUGCCUAUCUUUGAGGGGACCAAUGAAAUUCUGAGGAUGUACAUCGCUCUCACUGGAAUGCAAUAUGCUGGCAAAGUCCUCACAGGGAAAAUAAAGGAGAUGAAGAAGGGAAAUAUCGGUCUGGCUAUGGGCAUGUUAGGUAAAAAACUGAGGAGCUCAGUCGGAGGUUCAGUGGACCUUGGCUUGACCGGAAAAGACGGAGUGGUGCAUCCCAGCUUGGCGGAGAGUGCAAAGAAUUUUGAACAGAACGUUAACUUUUUUGGAUCGACUGUGGAGAGCCUGCUGUACAGAUAUGGAAAGACAAUAGUGGAUGAACAACUCGUCUUGAAGAGAGUAGCAGAUGUGCUGAUCAACCUCUACGCUAUGACAGCUGUCCUGUCCAGAGCCAGCCGCUCCAUCAGCAUCGGCCUCAGGAAUCACGACCACGAGGUGCUGCUCGCAAACACCUUCUGCAGCGAAGCUUACUUCAAGAACAAUUACUUGAUGACUCAGUUGCAAAAGCACUCUCCUGAGAACAACGAUGCCAACAUCAAGAAAAUCGCCAGGGAGGUCUUGGAGAACAGAGCUUACAUCUGCUCUCACCCUCUAGAAAGAACAUACUGAGCUACUCCCAUCCGACCAUAAUAUUAUGACUCCUAUAUUCUGAUUGGACAGUAUGGGUGGGUCCAAUUCACAGUGAUUUGUAUCAGUAUCAAUUUUGUUUGAAAGCAGUACAUCUUUAACGUUAUUUGUACAUUUGGUUGAUAAUAAUGAUAAUAAUAAUUUGAUUAAUUUACAUUAGUUAGUUUAUUUUAUCAGACAGGGCUUCAAAGAUAGAGAUUAUUGGAUGGUGAAGCAUUAUAUAAAGUUCUAUCCAAAGUGCUCCUUAUCUUCAGGGCUGUAAUGAAAUAUUGCACAACUACUCAUGUGUUAAAGAUGCUAGUUU